AUGAAGUGCAGUCUCAGACUAACUACGCUUAGCGUAGCCAAGUCCACUCGAAUGGCCCAGAGAUCAGUAGUCUGUAAAUACUCCACUCAACCCAAUAAGCAGGAGGAGUUUGUUAAGGAGAGAGAAAACUACACUGUGACGACCUAUUCAAGACCAAACCUGGUGUUCGAAAAGGGACAAGGUUCCUACCUGUGGGAUAUCGAGGGGGGAAAGUACAUUGACUUUACUGCUGGGAUUGCUGUCACCGCCUUGGGUCAUGCCAACCCAAAGAUCGCUGAGAUCCUUUAUGACCAAGCCAAGAAAGUGAUUCAUACCUCCAACUUGUAUCACAACCUUUGGACCUCAGAAUUGAGCAAACAGUUGGUAGAGAAGACAAAAGAGAGUGGAGGGAUGAAGGAUGCCUCAAGGGUUUUCUUGGCUGCGCUCAAAUUUGCUCGCAAGUACGGUAAGUCUAUCGCAGAGGAUAAGAUCGAGUUCAUUACUUUCGAAACCUCAUUUCAUGGAAGAAGUAUGGGUGCUCUUUCUGUGACCCCUAAUAAAAAGUAUCAAGCUCCUUUUGCACCUCUGAUUCCUGGUGUCAAGGUAGCUAAACCUAAUGACAUUCAUUCUGUAGAAAAGCUCAUCAGUGAUAAGACAUGCGGUGUUAUUUUGGAACCAAUUCAAGGUGAGGGUGGUGUUAGACCUAUGGAAGCUAAAUUUUUGGCAAAGGUUCGUCAACUAUGUGACGAGCACAAUGCUUUGUUAAUCUACGAUGAAAUUCAAUGUGGACUGGGUAGAACUGGAAACUUGUGGGCUCACUGUAAACUUGGUGAAGAGACCCACCCAGACAUUCUUACUAUGGCAAAAGCUCUAGGUAAUGGAUACCCGAUUGGUGCUACCAUGAUCACAGAAAAGGUGGAGAGCGUAUUGAAAGUCGGCGACCACGGUACCACGUAUGGUGGUAAUCCUUUAGGAGCCCGUGUGGGAAGCUACGUUUUGCAGCAAGUUUCUGAUAAGGAUUUCCUAAGUAAGGUCGAACAAAAGUCAGAAAUAUUCAAAGUCAAGUUGUCUGAACUGCAAGAAAAGUUUCCUGAUCUUAUCACCGAUGUUCGAGGAGAUGGUUUACUGUUGGGGAUUGAGUUUAAUAUUGAUCCUGCCCCCAUCUGUGCCAUCGCCAGGGAAAAAGGACUACUAAUCAUUACAGCGGGCGGAAAUGUUAUUCGUUUCGUUCCAGCCUUGAACAUCGAAAGUAAAGUCAUCUAUGAAGGCUUAGCUAUUCUUGAGGAGGCUGUCAAAGAGUUUGCUGAAAAUCAGUAG